ACAACAAUUUGUCUUUCUUCGAGUUUUUGUAUUAUUUUACUAAAAAAUUCUAUCCAUUAUUAUAACUAGUUUGUUCUAAGUUACAUUUAUAUAUAUACAAUUCUAAUUAUAACGCUGCCAUCAGCUGUAUAAAUAUCUAUAAGUUCAUAAGGCUUGCAUCUGUAAACAGUUGCUUAAUGACAUUCAUGCUUUCUAUUUAUUUAAACUUUAUUUUUGGAGAGUUAUUUGAAAUUCAAAUGUCCCCGUUAGUAAUCGUACUUGUUCUAAUCGAUAAUGGCCUUGCUCAAAUCGAGCCUAUCGAUAACCGGCGAAUGCACAUCUAAUUGGAGUAAAACAUAACGCCUCCUCAUAUCGAUACAAGACCACAAAAAAAAACAAAUAAAAUAAAAACAAAUUCGCUAAAAAAUAUUGUAAAGAAAGAAACAAGAUAACAAUAAACAAUUAAUUGUGAAAAAACGUUUUAAGUGGUCAGAACAAAAAAAAAACAACAAUUGCGUGGCGUGUUUGCACGAGUGCGAGCGAGAGGGCCGAAUGCGGUAGUGGGAAAUUCAAUCAGAUUUAUUUUUUGCAAGCAAAAAACUUUUUUUGGAGUACACCGCGUGCUCCUUAAGGCAAGUAACAGCAGCAGCAACGAUGGCCAACGAGCCAGAGAACAAGCCGCCCAUUCUACACAUUCUAGUAGUGGGGUUCCACCACAAACUGGGCUGUCAGGUGGAGUUCUCCCAUCCACCGCUGAUUUCGGGCUCAACAGGACGCAACGAGUGUCCCUCUGGCUGGAAAUACCUGCCCACACUGGCUUUGCCUGAUGGUUCCCAUAAAUUUGCAGAGGACACUGUGUUCUUCAACCUGCCCAGUUUGUAUGAGCCUGCUGCCAGCAUUUAUGGAGUGUCCUGCUAUCGUCAGAUACGCGUGGAAAAGCUAAAGAUUCGAACGGCGGAUCUUACACGAAGCACUGUUCAAAAGUCUGUCUGCAUUCUGGCCCGCCUGCCCAUCUAUGGGUAUAUAGAAGUCAAGCUAGCCCUGAUUGCCGAUGCCUUUUUCGAUCAGGGCGACUUCUCUGGCACGGAAUUGCUGGUCAACGCCUAUCAGCAGCUAAAUGCGUGCCUCCUGGACGACGAAUCCCGUCGGCCACUGCGUCAUUUCCAUGUUGGAUUGUCUUUGCGAGAGAUAGUGCUCCACUGGCGCCACAAGUCGCUGAUGCUCUUCAAACUCCUGCUCCUACAGCGACGAGUCGUGUGCUUCGGUUCACCAGUUCGCCAAAUGUGCGUUCUGAUCCUGGGUAUGGCAUCACUAGUGCCACGACUACUUGAAAAGGGCUUCCAAGAGGUGGCCUGUGUGCGCACUUCACGUCCGCUGUCUCCUAUGCCUGAUUUCACAGACUCCCUGCAACGCGAGGCUCAGGCGGAGGCGGAACUGGAGGCAGUUGCUGCUGGUGGACCUGUUCACGACGAGGAGCAGAAGCUAACGCCAGAAAGUGCAACUGCAGCGGAAGGUGAGGCAGAGGAUCUGGCCCUUGUCUCGUCCGCAGCCUCUGCUGGCGAAGAGCAGACCAGCGGCGACGACACCUCACCGCGUUCCACACCGAAUUCACAGUCGCAGGACUCAUCGAACGGAAGAAACAGCUCCUUAACUAGAGAAGCCAGCGUGGAUACACUGGCUUCCAACCUUGCCGCCUUGUGUGCUGUAAAUCCAGAUGAGUAUCGGGCACCGGUAAGCAUCUUCGCUAGCGGCAAUCUUUGCCUGCCGUAUCUCUCGUUGCCGUAUAUGGACUUGCUUAGUGAUCCCAUGGUGCUCUCCUAUGUCAUCGGAACCUCUAACGUACUGUUCCAGCAGAAACGUCAGCUGGCUGACGUUCUGGUGGACAUUGAGGCGGCUAACUUAGAUGCCCACGAUCCGGAAUUGAGGCGUCAGCUUGUGUUAAGCACAGAGGACUUACGCUACAUGGAUUACAUCAUGAAGCACGUCCAAUCACCCAAAGAGGAUGCUGAGGGCAGCGAGUAUUGGAUCCGAGAACAGUUCCAGGGCUAUGUUCUAGCCCUCUUGCGGACUGCUGUGGCUCCAGAUGCCAUGCCCAAGGACAACGAUCAUUUCAACGCGCAUUUCAUGGGCGCCUUCAAGCGCACUCAAUGCUUCCAGGAGUGGUAUGACGUGAGACCUGAACCGGAAUUCUUUGACGCCCUGCCCGCUGGUCAUCCCUUUGCAGGCACCUUAUCCGUAGCAGACAUGAAACUUAAGCUAGCACAAACAAUGCAGAAUAGCGAGAGCGGGCGAAAGAUCAAUCAGGCUGUGAACACGACGAGCAGAGCGGUGGGUGGUGCCAUUUCCCAGGCCAAAGGGGCCUUCUCCAGUUGGUGGUCGUCCAUCACGACGGCACCACCAAAUUCAAAUGCUGCGCCAACGAGCAGCAUUAAUGGCCAAGAGGGUGAUGCGAGCGAAGGACCUGCAGCCCAAGAGAUCUCAGUUACAUUCCAGAAUCACAAGGACGUCGAGGAUUUAGACAUGGCGGGCGUCAGCAUUCACCUGGCUGGCCAGGAAGAGGCACACGAAUCACACGAGUCAAACAACGAAAACUGUGAACGACCACAGGGUAUCGUUGAGAUUGGCCGCGAGGCGGAGCUUUUAGACAAAUCCGAUCAACCGGAGGAGGCCAAGAGCUCGACAGCAACACAAGCUAGUCGGCCAGGAUGUGGCGGUGAUGUGGCCACCUCCGCCGUUGAGCGUAGCAGUGGCGAUGUCUUCAUUGUCUGAAGACGACAGCACAUUUUGGGCAUUGUAUAAAAUCGAACUAAGCUUAAUGAUAAUUAUUUAUUACGCAACAUAUUGUCUCAGUCUCAAUGUUGAAUUUAUAACUACUAAUCGUAUUCUCCUUUUUUUGUAUACCCAUAUUCUAGAGUUACUUGACUUGUGGUACCGAAAAUGAUAUAAUCAGGAGACAAUUUAAUCAAUAUUUAUUAUUACAAAAAAUGUAUUUGGUCGAAAAACAUAAUGGGAUUAAAGCAUUCAAAGUAAAUAAUUAGUUUUUUUUAGUUGUAUAUAUAAAGAAGUUCUGAUUUAUAAAACUUAAUUUAUAAAUAUUAACAUAUUUUCAUUAAAAUUAUAUGCACUCUAUAAUUUAAGUUGGAUUUAAGACCUAUUCCCGUGCCGUUUUUGUGCCACAAGUCAAUCCUGCUCUAAUCUACAUAAAAUUGGCCAAAAGAUAAUUUUAUUUAAUAUUUAUAUAUGCCUACUUCUAAGUUAUCCUUGCCGUCUUCACACCCCACCACUCAGUGUAUAUGAAUAACCAUGUAAAGCUAAACCGUUCCAAGUGCAAUUUGUAAUCCAAAAAGGCAGCGGAGAUCCGCAAUAUAAACCCUUAACUCGAGUGUCAACAAACAAGUGAGAGAAAUUUGAAAUUAUAUAGUGCUCGAGUCGAGAAUUCCCUCCUUUGUCCAGGGUCCGCCGUGCCCAACUCAAUUUACCUUAUCCAAGUGUAAUCCAAAAUAAAUGCAUUUCAUAAAAUA